AUUACCUUGUAGCACUACAUACAGUACCUUCUUAGUAUACCGACUGAAGAGGCUCUCGUGACCAAGUACCCUAUACUCCGCGUCUGCACCUCCACCAUCAAUAACAACGACUCAAACCCAGACCCAAACCUCAGGGCCCGAACAAGCAAAAAAGCACGGGGACAGCCCAACCCGACUCCAAAAAUCGCAUUUGAUAACGCCCGGUUGAUAUCCCACUCCGAAUCAACCUCCACAGAACAGUCUCCCAUCAAAAAGAACAAAAAGAUACCAUGGACCUCCCCUACCGACUCAAAAACCCAAUGACAGUGACAGAGUGGGAUCCCACGCAAUUCUUUCGCGAGGGAUACCCUUCCUCCCCAUAUGCCCUGUUGAUCCUCAACCAUCCAAUCAACGAAAAGGCCUACGAUGUUCUCCAGCGACAUGCAUGUAUCACGGUCUGCGCCGACGGCGGCGCAAACCGAUUUUACGAGAUGAUGAAGGCGCGCGGGAGGGAGUCUACAGAUUUCCCCAGCGCCAUAAUCGGCGACCUCGACUCCAUCCACCCGGAGAUCCGCACGCACUACGAAACUCUGGGCGUGCCCGUCAUCCAACACAUCGACGACUACAGCACGGACUUCCACAAGAGCCUGCAAUACAUCCAACGGAACACGGCGACCAUUCUCGCUGCUGCUGCUGCGGCGGCGGCGGCGGCGGCACCAGCAGCACCAGCAACCACCACAGAACCCACCUCUACCUCCAUCUCCCACUCCCACUCCCAACCCCCACCUAAAUCCCUCGAAAUCCUCGUCCUAGGCGGCCUAGGCGGCCGCGUCGACCAGGCUUUCUCCCAAAUCCACCAUCUCUUCUACAUGACGCAGGAGCUCCGAGCCACCACUGCCAGCAGCAGCUCCAACUCCAGCCCUGACGAGCCCCAACCCCAAUCCCAACCCCAAGGGCACGGGCACCAGAACCCCGGACCAAACCUCUACCUCAUCUCCGAAGAAAGCAUCACAUUCAUCCUGCGCCCCGGCCGGAAUGUCGUGCAGACGCCGCUGGUGAAUCGCCCAGCCCCAGCCCCAGCCCCAGCCCCAGCCCCUAGCCAAGAUAACGACAACGCAGACCAGAAACAAAACCCCGAGGUGCAGAGCGGCAGCAGCACCAGCACCAGCACCACCGCCACCACCACGGCGGAAACGCAUCUCCUCGAGGAAAACGUCGGGAUCAUCCCGCUCCUGGGCCCGGCGCGGAUCACCACCGCCGGGUUCCAGUGGGAUGUGCGGGACUGGCAGACGGAGAUUGGGGGCCAGCUGAGCACGAGCAACCACAUUCGGGCGGAUGUGGUCGAGCUCGAGGCCAAGAUGCCGGUGCUGUUGACGUUGGAGCUGGCGGAGCGGUUCAAGAAGAAAUGAGUAUCCACCCGCAGGGUCGGGUUGGGGUUGAGGGCUUGGUCUUGGUUGGUUCUAGCUUCGCACUUGUUAUCGAGCUUUAAGAAUAGAUGACAUAGAUAAUGUUUUG